AUGCUCAAGAGGCAAUUCUGUAUGCUGAAAGCCCAGGGAAGGCUCCCACUGGACCUCCCUCUGAGACCAAUGAAGGCCUGGCUCCUGGCAGGGAAAAGAGUCUUCCUGGAGUAAGUGCAGUGUUCUCAGACUAUUUUUAAAUACGAAGUACGAAACUUUAUACUUCAUUUAGGUAACUUGAGUUUAUCACAUCAGUACACAAGGCCAAAUGAUAACCUGAAUGUAUCAAAAUAUAUUAGAUGAUAGCAAUAGUUUGAUAGAUAGAGCAGACAGACACAGUCUGAUACAUUUCCAUAUUCACAUGAAGGCGUGAGGCAGAGACAUGGAAGAGAUGGAGGAAGGUCUCUGUAGCUGAAUUGGUGAGGACUAUGUAGCGCAAACAGUACACCCACUGUAAAGCACUUCAAAUAUCAGCAAGCUCAUUUUUGUACCCAAAGAGAAAAACAAUAGAUAUCAGUUCAAAUUCAUAAUUUUCGCAAUCAUUUCAAUGAUGGACCAGUGUCCAGUCUCACCUGGUACCAUCAACGGUCUUUUAAUGACAUAUUAUGUUGUUACAUAGACUUGGGAUGCAAAGAGGGGCCUGGAAUUACAGGAAACAGAGACAGAGAUAGUUAUCCUGCUCAGUGGCCAGAGAGUUCCGGUUGAAUUAAGGAUACCAAAUGUCAUCGUGGACACUGCGCCCGACGGAGACAUCCAGCUUCUGAAAGAGGAGUGUUGGAAGUUGAACUUCUUGCACCUAAAGGAUGAGACAUGCCUGGCCACUGAGGUAAGACAUAAGAGCCAUCUGCAAUGACAAUAUUGUUUCUUUGAAUAAAAUGUCAAGCAUCUUUGUCGUUUCUGUGUAUAAUAUGGUGGUAAAAGUUGGUCAGUAUUACAUAGGAAUUACUAUCAACGUUGGAUGUCUUUGGUUUGUUUUAUUUGUGAAACAGCUAUAGGAUAUCAAUCAAUCACAUUUAUUUAUAAAGCCCUUUUUACAUCAGCAGAUGUCACAAAGUGCUAUACAGAUAGUUAUGUACGUCUCUGUCCAUUUACAGCUCUCUGAGCUUUAUGGACAUUCUGAGACCUCUUCAAAGGAAACUCUAAUUGAAGAGAAAAGACCAAAGACCAAGUGCCCGGCCAGUGUCGCUGGGGCUGCUGACAUUGACAACACCAACGAGGAGGCUUCAGUGGAGUCUCCGAAUAACAAUGUGGUGGAUGUCCAGGCUGAGCCGCUGGCCCUGGUCGGUGUGGAGAAAGAGGCUGCUGGAGAUGGAAAGGUCCUCAGCAAGGUGGUGAAGCCCAAAGUGUGGCUGAAGGAGGGUUGCAAAGAUCAGCUAACCCGAAAAUUCUAUGAUAUGAUUGCGGAACUACCAAAGGUAAGGAACAAGAAGCCUGUUUCGUAAAUGAAAGGUCAAGUGUCUUUGCAAGUUGGGUGUAUCAGAGUUGUCUCAAACUGGACAAUAUUACAAAUUAGCUUCUAUACAUUUUGACUUUAGAUGUCUGUGGUAUGUUUUGUGAAAAAGGACAGAUAUUGUUUUGUUCUUACUCUUUCAUUGCUCUGCAUUGUCUAUUUAGUCCUAUUUCGAAUCCACUGAGAGCCUUCAUGAGAUGUGUGGCAGAGGUCCUGAGGUGUGCAGCAGAGUGCCUGAGGUGUGCAGCAGAGGUCCUGAGGUGUGCAGAAGAGGUCCUGAGGUGUGCAGAAGAGUGCCUGAGGUGAGGUGCAGAGGUCCUGAGGUGAGGUGCAGAGGUCCUGAGGUGAGCAGCAGAGGACCUGAGGUGUGCAGCAGAGGUCUGAGGUGUGGGAGCAGAGUGCCUGAGGUGUGCAGCAGAGGUCCUGAGGUGUGCAGAAGAGUGCCUGAGGUGUGCAGCAGAGGUCCUGAGGUGUGCAGAAGAGGUCCUGAGGUGUGCAGAAGAGUGCCUGAGGUGAGGUGCAGAGGUCCUGAGGUGUGCAGCAGAGGUCCUGAGGUGUGCAGAAGAGGUCCUGAGGUGUGCAGAAGAGUGCCUGAGGUGAGGUGCAGAGGUCCUGAGGUGAGGUGCAGAGGUCCUGAGGUGAGCAGCAGAGGACCUGAGGUGAGGUUCAGAGGUUCUGAGGUGAGCAGCAGAGGUCCUGAGGAGUGCAGCAGAAGUUCACAGGUGUGCAGCAGAGGUCCUGAGGUGUGCAGUGGAGUGCCUGAGGUGUCAAAUGCAGUGGGAGAGGUGUCAAGUGACACAAAGAAGACAGAGGCUACUGGAGCCCUUCUGAACACUGGAAAUGGCCUGAGAAAGGUGGUGCAGCUAUCCACUGAGAGCCGUCCUGAGGUGUGCAGUGGAGUGGCUGAGCUGUGCAGCGGUCCUGAGGUGUGUAGCGGAGGUCCUGAGGUGUGCAGUGGAGUGCCUGGGGUGAGCAGCGGAGGGCCUGGGGUGUGCAGUGGAGUGCCUGAGGUGUCAAACGCAGUGGAAGAGGUGUCCAGUGACACAAAGACGACAGAGGCUGCUGAAGACCUUCUGGACACUGGAAAUGUCCUCAGCAAGGUGGUGAACCCAAAAGGGUGGCUGAAGGACGACUGGGAAGAUCAGCUGACCCAAGACUUCAAUUAUAUGAUUGCAAAACUCCCAAAGGUAAGGAACAAUAAGCCUAUUUUGUAAAUGAAAGGUCAAGCAUCUUUGUAAGUUGGGUGUAUCAGGGUUGUCUCAAACUGGACAAUAUUAUAAAUUAGCUACUAUAAUCUUUGACUUUGGAUGUCUGUGGGAUGUUUUUUGAAAAACGACAGAUUUGUUGUUCUUGCUCUUUCAUUACGCUGCAUUGUCUGUUCAGUCCUAUUUCGGAUCCACCGAGAGCCUUCCUGAGGUGUGCAGCAGAGGUCCUGAGGCCUCAAACACAGUGGAAGAGGUGUGCAGUGACACAAAGAAGACAGAGUCUACUGGAAACCCUCUGAAAACGGGAAAUGGCCUAAGCAAGGUGGUGCAGCUAUCCACUGAGAGCCGUCCUGAGGUGUGCAGCAGUCCUGAGGUGUGCGUUAGAGUGUCUGAGGUGUUCAAUGGAGGUCCCGAGGUAUGCAGUGGAGUGCCUGACGUGUGCAGUGGAGGUCCUGAGGUGAGCAGGGGAAGUCCUGAGGUGUUCAGUGAGGUGCCUGAGGCGCCAAACGCAGUGGAAGAGGUGUCCAGUGACACAAAGACGACAGUGGCUGCUGAAGAUCUUCUGGACACUGGAAAUGUCCUCAGCAAGGUGGUGAACCCCAAAGGGUGGCUGAAGGAGGGCUGGGAAGAUCAGCUGACCCGAGACUUCAAUAAUAUGAUUGCAAAACUCCCAAGGGUAAGGAACAUGAAGCCUGUUUUGUAAAUGAAAAGUCAAGCAUCUUUGUAAGUUGGGUGUAUCAGGGUUGUCUCAAACUGGACAAUAUUAUAAAUUAGCUACUAUAAUCUUUGACUUUGGAUUUCUGUGGUAUGUUUUUUGAAAAACGACAGAUGUGUUGUUCUUGCUCUUUUGUUACGCUGCAUUGUCUGUUCAGUCCUAUUUCGGAUCCACCGAGAGCCUUCCUGAGGUGUGCAGCAGAGGUCCUGAGGCCUCAAACACAGUGGAAGAGGUGUGCAGUGACACAAAGAAGACAGAGUCUACUGGAAACCCUCUGAAAACGGGAAAUGGCCUAAGCAAGGUGGUGCAGCUAUCCACUGAGAGCCAUCCUGAGGUGUGCAGCAGUUCUGAGGUGUGCAUUAGAGUGCCUGAGGUGUUCAAUGGAGGUCCCGAGGUAUGCAGUGGAGUGCCUGAUGUGUGCAGUGGAGGUCCUGAGGUGUGCAGGGGAAGUCCAGAGGUGUUCAGUGAGGUGCCUGAGGCGCCAAACGCAGUGGAAGAGGUGUCCAGUGACACAAAGAAGACAGCAGCUGCUGAAAACCUUCUGGACACUGAAAAUGUCCUCAGCAAGGUGGUGAACCCCAAAGGGUGGCUGAAGGAGGACUGGGAAGAUCAGCUGACCCGAGACUUCAAUAAUAUGAUUGCAAAACUCCCAAAGGUAAGGAACAAUAAGCCUAUUUUGUAAUUGAAAGGUCAAGCAUCUUUGUAAGUUGGGUGUAUCAGGGUUGUCUCAAACUGGACAAUAUUAUAAAUUAGCUACUAUAAUCUUUGACUUUGGAUGUCUUUGGUAUGUUUUUUGAAAAACGACAGAUGUGUUGUUCUUGCUCUUUCAUUACGCUGCAUUGUCUGUUCAGUCCUAUUUCGGAUCCACCGAGAGCCUUCCUGAGGUGUGCAGCAGAGGUCCUGAGGCCUCAAACGCAGUGGAAGAGGUGUCCAGUGACACAAAGAAGACAGCAGCUGCUGAAAACCUUCUGGACACUGAAAAUGUCCUCAGCAAGGUGGUGAACCCCAAAGGGUGGCUGAAGGAGGACUUGGAAGAUCAGCUGACCCGAGACUUCAAUAAUAUGAUUGCAAAACCCCCAAAGGUAAGGAACAAAAAGCAAGUCUUUGUAAGUUGGGUGUAUCAGGGUUGUCUGAAACUGGACAAUAUUAUAAAUUAGCUUCUAUAAUCUUUGACUUUGGAUGUCUGUGGUAUGUUUUGUGAAACAGCUAAAGGACAGAUGUGUGUUGUUGUUCUUACUCUUUCACUGCUCUGCAUUGUCUGUUUAGUCCUAUUUCGGAUCCACCGAGAGGCUUCCUGAGGUGAGCAUAGGAGUGCCUGAGGUGUUGAACGCAGUGGAAGAGGUGUGCAGUGACACAAAGAAGACGGAGACAAUUGGAGACCUUCUGAACACUGGAAAUGGCCUCAGCAAGGUGAUGCAGCUAUCUACUGAGAGCUGUUCUGAGGUGAGCAGCGGAGUGACCGAGGCGUUGAACUCAGUGGCAAAGGUGUCCGGCGAAAUAAAGAAGCGGAAGAAAAAUGGCGUUCUGCGAUUCUUCCGACGUGUGUGGAAGUUCUUCACAUGCACCAACAGCCUCCCCAAAGAGGAGUGA